ACAAAAUCCACCCACAUAGGUCCCGCUGGGUAAAUUGACUUUCUCUUUCACACGUUCUCUGAACAAUUUUUUGCCUCUGUGUGAAAAUAGAGCGUGGCAUUUUCUGCAAAUUGCAUUUAGACCAUUUGUGUGCCCCCACGUGUCUCCCGAGAGGUGCCCCCGUCCUGCUGAAGUGUCUUUGGGAAGGAAAACCAAAAUGAGUGGCCAGGAGAAGCCCGCGCAGGAGAUGGAGAACGGCGAGGAGCCGCAGCAGAAGACGGCGAAGCAGCUGGAAAAGGAGGCCAAGAAGGCAGCCAAGUUGCAGAAGUUGCAGCAGAAGAUGGACAAGAAGAGUGCUGCUCCAGCUGUGACCAAGGAGAAGCCUGAGAAAAAGGUGAAGGAAAUCAAGGAAGCUGCAGUUUAUGAAGGGAAAACAUUGCCGGGAGAGAAGAAGGAUCUCUCAGGGAGCUUCCCAGAUGCAUACAGUCCAAAGUAUGUGGAGGCUGCAUGGUACAGCUGGUGGGAGAAGGAGGGCUUCUUCAAGCCUGAAUAUGGGAGAUCUUACAUCCGGGAAGCUAAUCCGAAGGGUGUCUUCUCAAUUGUGAUUCCCCCGCCCAAUGUAACGGGUUCUCUGCAUCUCGGGCAUGCCCUGACGAAUGCCAUUGAGGAUGCCAUAACGCGAUGGCAUCGAAUGCGCGGCAGGACAACGCUGUGGGUUCCGGGAUGUGAUCAUGCCGGGAUUGCGACGCAGGUGGUGGUUGAGAAGAAGCUGUGGCGAGAGCAGAAGCUGACACGGCACGAUAUUGGCCGGGAGGCUUUCAUUGAGCGCAUCUGGGCGUGGAGGAAUGAGAAGGGGGAUCGAAUCUACGAUCAGCUGCGGCGUUUGGGAUCAUCGCCGGAUUGGAGUCGUGUCGCCUUCACGAUGGACCCAAAACUCUGUCGAGCCGUCGUGGAGGCCUUUGUGCGUCUCUACGACAGUGGGUACAUCUACAGAAGUAGCAGGCUUGUCAAUUGGUCCUGCACCCUCCGUUCAGCCAUCUCUGACAUUGAAGUGGAUAAAAUUGAGCUUCCCGGAAGGACUUUCCUCUCAAUUCCGGGGUAUGAGAAGCCCGUGGAGUUUGGCGUUCUCGUCUCAUUUGCGUAUAAAGUGGACGGGGAGGAAGAUGAGGAGAUCAUCGUGGCAACGACGAGGAUUGAGACCAUGCUGGGGGAUACCGCGGUGGCUAUUCAUCCGAAUGAUGAGCGCUACAGGAAGCUUCAUGGGAAGUUUGUGCGGCACCCGUUUACGGAAAGACGAAUUCCCAUUGUUUGUGAUGACUUUGUUGAUGUGAAUUUCGGCACAGGAGCUGUGAAGAUCACUCCAGCACACGAUCCCAAUGACUACGAAGUGGGAAAACGUCACAAUCUCCCCUUCCUGACCAUCUUCAAUGAUGACGGGAUUAUUGUGGGUGAUUGUGGGGAAUUUACGGGCAUGAAGAGGUUCCACUGUCGCGUGAAGAUCCUCGAGAAGCUCAAGGAGCUCGGGCUCUAUCGUGAUACCCUCAAUCACCCGAUGGUUGUGCCAAUGUGUAGCCGGUCCAAGGAUAUUGUAGAGCCCAUGAUAAAGCCACAGUGGUAUGUGCGAUGCGACGAAAUGGCUGAACGUGCCAAGGAGGCAGUUCGUUCCGGAGAGCUCAAAAUCCUUCCGGAAGCCCACACAAAGACCUGGUUCCACUGGAUGGAGGGAAUUCGGGAUUGGUGCAUUUCCCGACAACUCUGGUGGGGUCAUCGUAUCCCCGCCUAUCGCGUUGAUUUCCUCCAACGCCCACCAGGACUCCCCGAAGAGGACAUUUGGAUUGUUGGCCGCACAGAAGAGGAAGCAAAACAGCGCGUUCAGGACAAAUACAACAUUCCCGCGGAUGCUUUUACCCUCAAACAGGAUGAAGAUGUCCUCGACACGUGGUUCAGUUCCGGACUCUUCCCCUUCAGCGUAUUCGGGUGGCCCGAGCAAACGGAAGACCUCGAAGUUUUCUACCCAACAGCCCUCCUUGAGACAGGCCACGACAUCCUCUUCUUCUGGGUCGCUCGAAUGGUUUUCUUCGGACUCACCCUCCUGGGGAAGCUGCCCUUCCGCGAAGUGUUCCUCCAUCCAAUUGUCCGCGACGCGCACGGGAGGAAAAUGUCCAAAUCCCUCGGGAAUGUCAUUGAUCCAAUGGACGUGAUUACGGGAAUUGCCCUUGAGGAUCUCCACAAGCAGCUGCUCGAGUCGAAUUUGGACCCCAAGGAGGUGGAUAAGGCCAUUGCAGGGCAGAAGAGGGACUACCCGAAUGGAAUUCCCGAAUGCGGAACAGAUGCAAUGCGAUUCGCCCUGUGCUCGUACAUGACGCAAGGGAGGGACAUCAAUUUGGACAUCCUUCGUGUGCAGGGAUACAGAUUCUUCUGCAAUAAAUUGUGGAAUGCCGCGAGAUUUGCCCUGACCUACCUCACAGGGGAUGUCUAUGCGCCCAUCGAGGGGCUGACUGGCCAGGAGAGCAACAUGGAUCUGUGGAUCCUAUCACGUCUCGCCACAACCAUUGAGACGUGCAACAGUAGCUUUGAGGCGUAUGAAUUUGCCGCUGCAACCAAUGCGUGCUACAGCUUUUGGUUGUAUGAACUUUGUGACAUUUACUUGGAGAGUGUGAAGCCGGUCUUUGCAUCUGGGAGUCCGGAAGCGCAGCAGAGUGCCCGGAGUACACUCUACACGUGCCUGGAGUACGGGUUGAAGCUCAUUUCGCCGUUUAUGCCCUUUAUCUCCGAAGAGCUGUUUCAGCGACUUCCGCGGGCUAACACGGAUGUGCCGAGUAUCUGUGUUGCUGCCUAUCCGGAAGUUGGUGUGGCUCCGUGGAAGAAUGAGGGGAUUGAGAAGGAAUUCGAUUUGAUGAAUCGUGCAGCAAAGAUCAUUCGUUCAGCACGGAGUGACUACAACCUGCCGAAUAAGACAAAAACGGAGAUUUUCUUGGUGUGCUCAGACGAUGCCACGUUGGGCAUUCUCCGGAAGUUUGCCGAUGAUCUCUGUACGUUGGCCUACUGCGCGAGGAUUGCUUUUGGGGAAGCUCCGCCACCAGGGUGCGCCAUUCUCACCAUUACGGCGCAAUGUGAGGUGCAUUUGCUGCUAAAGGGACUCAUCGAGGUGGACAAGGAGAUCACGAAGCUGGAGAAGAAGCAGGAGCAACUGGGGCAGACUGUGAGUAAAUUGAAGCAAACAAUUGCCGCGAGUGAUUACGAAGUGAAAGUUCCGGAAGAAGUUCGCGCCAACAAUGCGGAUAAAUUGGAACAGUCGGAAAUUGAAAUUAAGCGUAUUGCAGCUGCUAUUGAGACGCUGAAAUUAAUGUAAAUUCAUUGAGGUUGUCAGAGUUUAAGGGAAAGACAUUUUCUUAGCUUUUCCUGCUUUUCUUUGUUAAAAACUUUUCAAAUUAUUAUUUAAAAACAUUUAAAAUUCAAUAAAAAAAAAACGAUUUUUCAAUUUUUAUUUGGUUUCUACGAUGAAAAUUUGUCUUUACUCGCAUGAAAUUAUUUUUAGUGCAGUGCAUAAGACCACGUUUACUUGAGGUGAGAAGAGCAAGUUCAAGUACAGCUUUGAACAGAUUUUUUUUACAUUGAUUUUUGCAACAGAAACUUUUAUUUAUUUUUAUUAAAUUAAAGAUUUUCAAUAAAUUGUUGAAAAAAA